AUGUCUGCACGCCGAGCGCUGGCACUGCGCUCCAUCCACUUGCGCAUAGUACCACGUCCUGCCAACCUAUCCGAGAGUCGCGAGAUAUUCCGCGUGCUGCAGGGUUUUGGAGAAAUCAGCACCUACCAGAGCCUACGGUAUGAGUACCAGAAUCCUGCAGACAACGCCGCCUUCGCCAUCUACCGCCACGAAUCCUCCGCCCAGAGCGCUCUCGAUGCCUCACCCAUUCGCUUCGCCCUCGAAACAUCUACGGCCACCGAAGACAACACCAGCACCCAAUCCCACUACACCGGCGAAGAAGACCAAGAAGAUGCGUCAACCGACCACAUGCCCCAAAAAGCAGGCAUCGACGAAAUUCUCCGCCCCUCCCAGCUCCUAAACCGAACCUCUGCUGAAACCCACCGGUCCACUCCGUCAGCGCCACCCAAACCAAUGCCCUUCGACCCACCACCCGCCUCCCCAAAACAAAAGAAAUGGACAAAAUGGUUUCAGGUCACUGUUGAUCGUACGCGCGCGGUCCAUCAAGAUUUCAUCGAGCGGCAGCCGUAUUGGAAACAGUUCAGCCCUAUGAGGAGCAUGGCACAGGCUGAUUUGGAGAAAAAGGUGCCGCAUAUUGGGUUGAGCGAUAUCAGCAAGAGGCCGCCGAAUGCGUAUCGGACACCUACCAGGGUGCUGAAGACUAUGAACCAGUAUGUCGAGACGGCCAUGCCAACUUUGAGGGGGGUUGCUGAGGGGAGCGAGAACGAGAGGGCGUAUCUGGAGAGGCAGGAGAGGAGGGUUUGA